AUAUGGAUAGGAUAGUGGAAUGCAAGGAUUGUGUAAGGCUUGGGUUCAAUUCAAUGUGUGCAUCUGCUUCCCAUCUCAUGAUUGAAUAAACAACCGGUGUUGUGUGAUAAGGAAUUUAUUUUAUAAAAAUUAUUAUUUAUAAAAUUUUAAUUUGUUUAAAUCUCCUGUGCAUCAUGUUUGUGCCUAGGUUUAAAAAUAGACUUUAAUUCUUUAUUGCAUUGGUUGUUAUCAAUUAAUCCAAAUUAAUUUUUUGGUUAUAUUUGGCUUUUUUUAUACACCACUUGUCAAGAUGAUCAAAGACAGUGAUGUAAUUUUCUCAUCCUUGAAAAAUAUUAUUGACGAAAGGAGGAACACAAGUGACUUUAUGUGGGUUUCGAGAGAAAUAGAUUGGGCUAAAUCGUAUCGACAAAACCAUGACACCAGCAACCCUUACAAGUUUCAAUAUGACGUUUUGAAGAGUAGUAAAAUAAAAAAAUUGAUCGAAGAUGUGAGCAAGGAACAGAAUAUUGCAGAGUCGCAAGUUGAGAGAAGAGUGAUUGAAUUGCUGAAGGAGAUCGGCCACUCACGAGAUCCUGCCACCCUGCGGGUUGUUGGUUUGGUGUUUGUCAAAGCUGCCAAGAAAAUAUUUGAUGGCAUCUAUGUUAACGAAGAUAGACUUUUGGAGAUAAAAAAGAACAUGGGAAGCAACCCUGUGGUAUUUGUGCCAAGCCAUAGGAGCUACUUUGAUUUCUGCAUGAUGUCAUUUAUAACAUUCACGUACGAAAUUGAAACACCUUGUAUCGCUGCUGGCAUGGACUUCAUGUCGAUGUUUCUGAUGGGAGAAAUACUGCGGAAAUGCAACGCGUUCUACAUGAGACGUUCGUUUGGAGACGACCACCUCUACCGAACGGUAUUCCAAGAAUACGUGCGCCAUCUGGUCACAGCCGGUGAUUUGCCGGUCGAAUUCUUCAUCGAAGGCACCAGGAGUCGGUCAUCCAAGUCGCUUCCACCCAAAUUCGGCUUGCUGACAAUGCUCCUGGAAUCGUUCUUCACGGGUGAAGUACCUGAUAUAACAUUCCUACCGGUCAGCUUCACCUAUGAUCACAUCGUUGAGGAAGGCCUAUUCGCUCGUGAAUUAUUGGGUGUACCAAAACCAAAAGAAUCAACAUCUAGGUUUCUCAAAGCCAUGAAUUUGAUAAACGAUGUUCAUUAUGGUAACGUAUAUGUUAGUUUUGGUGAACCAAUUUCAUUCAGAAAAUACGUGACCGACACCCUAGGAAAGAAGUUGAGUUUUGUCCACCGAAAUCCAUCUCAAGAAACUAGUCAAACUGUCGAAUUCGGACAUCAUAUCAUUGACAGCCAGCAGAAGAACAUGGUGAUUACGUGCUUCCACCUGGUGGCGAUUGUGAUGAGCAACCACUGCCUGGUGGGCGCCGCUGGCAAAAGCCUGCAGCUGGAGCAGGCGAGCCGGGAGGUGGCGUGGCUGGCAGCCGUGUUGAGUGCUUUUGGCGCAGUGGUGCAGCCGGUGCCUCAUAGGGCCGCCGCCGCCCUCGUCGCCCACACAGUCAGCCAGCAUCACUCGGUCAUCACUGUCAGCGACACAGGUGCUCUCACGCUCACCGACGCCCGUCUAGAUCCGAAGCCCUUCACCACCUGCACUUGGAAAGGUCAUCAGCUACAAGAAGACAUAGUGCGUUCUGCGUAUCCAAUGGUUGUUCUACAAUUGUACAUUAACCAUUGUAUGCAUUUCCUAGUCAGCCCAGGAAUAAUUACAGUCAUAAUGCAGCAUCUAGGAGAAGAUGGGCGCAUAACCAAACAUGAACUGUUUGAAAAGUACAAGUUUGUUUGCAGUUUAAUGACUAACGAAUUUGUUUUCUUCAGGCCUUGGGCAGAAAAGACAUUUGAAGAUGCUCUACUGAAAUUGGAACUAGUCAGUAUAAUUGAAGGAGAUAGUUUGAAACUUGGAAACCACCGUAAGCUGCAAGCAUUGCUCUGCAACCUGAUGUAUCCGUUCUUCUCAGGAUAUCUAACAAUCUGCAAGUGCCUGCAAAUCCUGGAUGAAAAAGAUGUGUGGACAGAGAAGCAGCUGAUGACCACACUACAGGCCAAGAUAGAAGGCGAGCUGAAAAGUGGCCACAUUCAGCAUCCUUAUUGCUUAUCACUCGAUCUCAUUUCAUCAUGCAUCGCCUCACUCACUGUUAAAGGAGUACUUAAUAGGAGCCGAGUGAACGGCGUAGUUAACUAUUCUGUGAAAAAAGAUGAUAUCAUUCAUGUCACUAAAGAACUUGAAUGUCUGACGAUUGUGCCAAUCAAGUAUUCAUACGACAAGGACAGUGCCUCACUGGAACUGGACACCUACAAAGCGCUGACUGUCUCCGAAUUGGUGGCUGUCCAAGGACUAUCUUCGAAGCUCUAACCUGCUAUUCCAAUCGGAUCAAUUUUGAAAUUAUAUAUGUAAAGCAUUGCAUUGUUGCAUCACUGUGUCAAUAUUGUUUGAUUUUGAAUUUGACCAAAAAUUGGCUUUUUAUGAACUGAAAUAUUGUUUUCUAAUAAUAUCCAGAUGUGAACACCACCUGAGUCUGAGGAAUAUCCAAUAUUCUUCUGGGAUAAACUUCCAAUUUCUUGAUAUUUGAAAUGAUAACUUAUAAAAUGUCAUCAUUUGAAGAGAGCCUAUAUUAUUUAUUUUCAGAUUAUUUGUAUUUGUCUGCAUCCAAAUUUCUCUCAAUAGCUUUGCAUGCCUUUGUUGACAUCAUAGUGUAACCGGAAACUUUACUGUUUGUGUUGAAAAAAUAUUAUGUAUAAAUCUUAGUUGAUUACAUGAAAAUUAUGUAAGUAGCUUUCACAAGGCAUAACGACUUUAAAGCGUCAUAAUAAGAAUACAUAGUAUUUAAUGUAUGUACAUAAUGGCCCA